GGUAAACCCUUCUUGGUUAAAAGCAAAGCGAGGCUCAUCAGCCAAUCAAAUUGAACCAGGAAGUCACACGGAUAUUGCGUAUAUCCGGUGCUGCACCAGAGUGUUAUAACUGUAAAGCACUCAGGAGCGAAAGCAGAGUGCAGCCAUGUGGCCUAUAGUUUGGAUGUCGGUACGGACCUAUGCCCCUUACGUCACCUUCCCUGUGGCCUUUGUGGUGGGAGCGGUGGGCUACCACCUGGAGUGGUUUAUCAGGGGGACCCCUAAACCUCGAGAGGAGAAGAGCAUCCUGGAGCUGAGGGAGGACAGGAAGCUGCAGGAACAAGAGGGUAUGGACAGCACCCAGGUGCUCAGCCUGAAAGAGAAACUGGAGUUCACACCUAGAGCGGCUCUGAACAGGAACCGACCUGAAAAGAGCUAACGCCGUGUUGGCGUGAAGAGACUUAAGUUUACCCUUUCUCAGCAGCAGGACAGUGCAUCGGGGGUGAACCGGAGGGCAAAAAACACCUAUUCGUCCCAUUUACCUCAGCCAUACACUCAUGCAUCAGCUUGUGUGUAAAUAUCUGCUACUCUUUAGAAAGUAGGGGGUAAUUAAAAAAACACAUUUUGUCUUUUAUCAAGUCAAAUAUGUGCUGUAUGUGAUUCUUUGACCUUCUGCUUGAUGUCACACAUGCAUGCCUGUUCAUGCGUUGAUCAAUGACUAAUGUAAGACACACCUUGAAUAUGGACCCUCUGGGUAUUCAACGCUUUGAACUGAUGACAGCGUUUGGUCAUUUUCUGUUUUAUUUAUAUCUAGUUGUGGUAUUAUGACAGAUGUUAUUGUGUCUCUGAUGUUAAAUCACACAAAUGAUGCAAGAAGAAGUCAAAGAUGCAAAUAAUUCUCAUGUUCCAAGCCUGUCAAAAAGUGUGUCUCCUUUUAAUCAUUUCUGUAUGUUGAGAAAGGACUUCUGAUGGUGAACAUAAAAGCAGAGGAAGAGAGAGACAGGUCUUUGUUGUAGUUUCUUUUUAUCUCAUGUAACCUUUGAUGGUAUGUGACAAAAUAAGCCAAACAGCGUGGGCGGUGUCUCAGGAUGUUUAAGCUGCGUAUUGUAUUAUUGUCUGGAACAUCAUACUUUCAUUUUUAGAAAGUCUGGACAGUUUGUACACCAUGUUUUAAUUAUGUGUGUUACUUAACGAGAGAAAUAAAGGAAAUUUGUGUUUGCUGA